AUGUCUCGUGGCAACCAGCGUGAUACGGAUCGUGCAAAGAAUGAUAAGAAAAGGCGGGAGGAAGCUGAAAGGAAAAAGGCAAAAUCGAAGACUGGUACCAAAUUGCAGCAGGAGAAAGAAUCUGAUGCCGAAAAAAUGCGACGAAAACAGGCAGCUUCUGAUGCUCGCAAAGCUGCUGCAGGCGCCGUAGGCAAGAAAUAA